AUGUGCUUUUAUUACUUUCUGCUAUCGUUCCUAGCGGUGGUGGUGCUGGGCGUUGGCUCGGUGCUGGGGUAUGCGUUUCGCGAGCGCAUUGCACUCGGCCUGCAGGACCAAAUGUACGAGAGUUUGGACCAGUACGGACGGCGCCGCCUGACGACCGUGUCCUGGGACAUGACGCAGGAGGAUCUGCAGUGCUGCGGCGUGGAGGAUUUUCGCGACUGGAACGAGCGCAUACCGGACUCGUGCUGUAUGGAUGAUUACGGAGCGCGGAAGCGUCCUUGCCAGCAGCUGCAAACUUCGCUAACAAUCUACCGGACGGGUUGCUAUGAGGCGAUCACGCAAACGUUGGUGCGCAAUGGAUUGAUGCUGGGUGGCGCGGCGCUGCUACUACUGCUGGCGAUCGUACCGGCUACGGUUAUGGCAUACUACAUGUUGACUACUAUCUGAAAUGUGAGAAAAUUAGGUGCAAUAAAGAUGGUAGACAUUACGUAAUGAUGUGCGUUGGUCUGAGUUUUGAUGUUGAUUUUGACUGGAGUAAGUAACACGAUAACCCAAAGGGUAUUUUCAAGAGUUGGUAUAAAUUCAAUGAAUGCUUUUAGUUCACUGCUACAUAUAUAAGAAUGAAGCUGGUUCCAGGAUCUUGGGGCAAGUUCCAUAUCAAUAUCUAAUCCGAAAAAGAUUAUGUAUGUAUUAAUGUUAACAGUUCAGUAUCUUGGUAGUUCCAGUUUCUGGUUAGGUACAGGAUUAGUUUUGCGAGAGUUCGGCAAAAUUGGUUCCAGCUGCUGAAUUGAUGUCUUCAAAGUUGGAACCGAAAGUGAUUCCAUCAGCUAACAGACCUGAAUUUAUAUGUUGUACAUUUCAGCUGUGGAAACAGUAGUUAUACUGGAAUAGGUGAAUUCUUAGUUUCUAGACCGGUCUAAGUUGAGAGUCAAUUGCAGAACUAGGAUAAUUUUGAUAGGUCGGAGAU